GCAGCAGUCCCGAUUAUGCACUUAUUACCAGCCUGUCUCGUUAUGAAGCAUUGUGUGGGGACGCCAAGUUCCACGUACCGUGACUGAAGACAAGCUCUGCGCCAUCGUGUCGGGGACCAGGUCCCCCGUCACUGGCCGAAUUAUUCGAAGACAGAUCACUGUAAACGCUGUCGGCAGAGGUCGGGGCGCCCGAUGUGCUGGACGCAGCGGUGGUCGCCGGCGGCGCAUGCGCUCUGCAGCAUCGCCUACAUCUGCGCGGGCGCCGUGCAGCUGGUGGCCGGCGUCUUCUUCCUCAUCUCGCUGCCCGUCUUCAAGCUGGGCUCCAACAUCUGGACCGGCGCCUGGAACAUUGUCAUCGGCAUUGGAGCUGCCAUGCUAGCAUGUAUAGGAGAUCUCACACCAAAGAAACAAGAAUCGUUGCUGUAUUUCGCCAUUUCGAUACUGGCGUUCAAUGCAGUGAAUCUCGUCGUCCUAGAAGUCGGAGAGUGGAAUCUGUUCUUGACUGAGGAUGUUAGCAAAUUAAUUAGUCAGAAUAACUUACGGAAACUGAUAUUCUACGCUCGCAUAACUACAAGUAUUAGUUCAGCGCUGGCAGUUAUUACAUCGUUUUUUGACACGCAGUUCACUUAUUGCUCCAUGCAGAGGAGACAGAAGCCAAAAAAUGUGCACGAACAGGUGUCGGACAUCGAGUAUAUCAUACCGAGAAAAAAAACGAGCUCUGUCGCCAAACAGGCGCAGAAUAUAUACAGCCAAUACGCACAAUCCUGGGUGUUCGAUACCGACACUACCUCGUCGUCGAAGAACGAAUCUCCGUACCUCAAGCUUCCAAAUAACAAUGUACCGUACGACACUAAGACGUUCAGCUCUCGGAAGCACUCUACUCCAAAGAUCGACAUCAUCUGCGACGAGCAGAACCUGGACCAGAAGAUGUUCCUGGUGAACCCGACGGUGCACGUGGAACCCGUCAGCGACGACAGCAACGGCGGCCGCAGCCUCAACUACAUGAAGAGCUUCUCGAGGACGCCGUCGCCGGCCGGCGUGUCCGAGAGCUCGUCGCAGGACUCUAGCUUCAACCCGCCCAUCUACGAGUGCCUGGAGAGGCUGACUGAGCCGACGCUGUACCGGUCGCGGCUCAACACGGCCAUCAGCCUCAACGCGGAGCAGAGCCGCCAGUCGCUAGAGUGCGACGCGCGCGGCACGCUCGACCACGCCAAGUCUUCGCACUCGCUGCGGCCGCGCAGCGACACCUUCAGCAAGGCCGCCGCCGUCGAGGUGCUGCACGUGCCCGAGAAGGUGCAGUACGCCUCGCUCAUGGUCGAGCUGCAGCAGGCCAUCCGCUCGAAGAAGGAGAGGCUGCACCAGCAGCAGCCCGUGUCGCCGCAGAGCACCUGCGACAGCGUCACGGUCGAGGACUGCUCUGAGCCCACUCAGACAGAGUCGAAGGGCAGCAACAGCCUGCAGGGCUCGUCGCUGGACAACUCGCAGCGGACCGAGCCCAAGGGCAGCGACACGGAGUUCUCCAAGGAGCUGGAGGCGGCGCUGCAGCUGAUACAGGACCUCGAGUCGCCGAACACGAUAGAGACGCCGUCUGAGACGUGCAGGUCGAUUAACGGGGCCGAGCUGGCGUUGCCGGGGGGAAGCGCGCCCGUGGUGAGAGUGAAGUGGCGGGACAGUGACGCCAGCGGCAGCGGUAGCACAAAGACGUUGAGCGAGUGCGUGUCGCCGCCAGAGCUGCCGGCAGACUCCUCGCAGGGUAAGGCAACUUCGGUCGUAGUAGUCGCUUCCGCCGGAAGUGGGUCGCAGUCCUCCUCCGGUUACAGCUCGCCGUCUCACGGCAAUUCGAAACAGCCCACACCCACAUGUUCCAAACCGCCCUCUGUCACUGGUAGCUCUGGCAGCCUUGUCGGUGGGGCCGAGCAGCAGGUAUCCUACGCCAUCUGCAACACGAGUGGAGCUGCCAUUAUCUCUCUGUAUUCUCCGGCGGGCACUACCGAGGCGCCCGCGCCGGAGAAGAAGAAAAGGACACCUCCGCCCCCACCUAAGAUAGAGGUGAAGGAGGCUCCCGAGCCGCGCAAGUGCUCGGUCGGCGACAGUGUCGCCGGUAAGACAGAGGCGCCCUCCAGGUUGUCACCGGUGAGCGCGGGGAGCAGAGAGAACGUCGUACUGAGGGAUGGCAAAGAUAAGCCACCUGUAAGGGCUUCCAGCGUUCCCAAUGGCAGUAGCUCUAUUCCGGAGUUUAAGCUGGAAUCGAGCGCGAGCCCUGCGUCGACUCUGAGGGCCAGCACGUCAAAAUGGAACGUGAAGUCUCUGCUACGGAAGAAGACCAGCCCACCAAUGCUAACUCCAGAACUGGAAGGUGCAAUCUUUAAGUCCGAAAGCCUUGCGUACCUUACAGAGCUUGAGCUGCUUGCUAGACACGCCAGAAACAAAUCCAUACAGAGGCAAAUUGAGCAGCGCGUUCAGCAGCAGAUACUGGGACAUUCCUCUUCUGAAUCACACUGCUGACAUUACAAGACCAAAGGAAUUCGUUUAUAUAUUGUGUAAUAUUUUUUCCAUUCUUCCAGUUACUUUUUAUAUUAUCUUAUUUCUAUUGUACAUUAGUCUCAUAAGACAAUGUAAAUAUUUAAUGUAAGAAUACUAAUAUAUAGUAAUAUAAGUGAGCAAAAAGCUACGUCAGUCAGCUCGAAGAUUGCGAGAAUUUUCUAAACAAUAAAUUCUAUUCUUUGUUAGAAAUCGUUUGACAGAUGUUGCAUGCAGAACCAGUACAGAAGAAAACCCGAUACAAUUAUUCGUAAAACGCAGUGACAACAUUUGGUGCUCAGUUUGUGAUCAAUCAAUGAAAAUAGAAAUCUUUCACAUUAGAAAAUAUUAUUAUGUUUUUUGUAUCUGUUAUACAGUACUUGUGUGCAAAAGUGUAACAUUUCUAAGGAAAUACUGAACAGAACUGUGAACAGAACCGUCCAAAAGUGGAUUGAGCGUUGUUGUACAGAGAGUUUAUUAAUAUCUGUUGACAUGUACAAGAAUGAUUAUAAAAUGGCUGGCCCACAGAUGUUUAAAUACCAGUAGUACCAUAGAUACGGUACGUAUGUAAUAACAUACUGUUUCCUUAAAUAAAAAGGGCCUUUACUAAUGCCCUCUAUUUUUAGGAUUCCAUUUUUUUAUGUUUCAUUAAGGAGUAAGCUGUUUCUAGUACAGUGACUAAAUACUUUGUAACGAUUUUCCUACCAAAAUAUUUAUGACAAACAUACAUUGUGUGUGAAAUUCUGAGUGUCUUCGAUAAAAACAAUUGUUCAGCUACAGGCAUUUUAAACGUGGGAAUAAAAUUAGUUUUUUAUUAA